AGCGAAUCGCACAGGCGACUUUGUUGCUGCGUGCCGUUCGCUCGUGAUCGUUCGAGCGACGAGGUUCCUUUGCCGCACGAAUCCUUUGUCUUCGUUGCUCACGAGUCACGAAUUAGAACUUGAUUCGUUCCAUGUGGUGAAAAAAAAUGACUGGUCAGCGAGUUUCGGGAGAUCUGUGAAUAGAUGUAGUUUCUUGUUUUUGUGAAAAUUUAACCGUAACGUCGCGCUAUAGUUGCAAGUUUAACAGUGACAUAAAAAGCGGUUGUCUAAAGGAAAAGCGUCGAAAAAUAGUGUAAGUUCGCUAUUGUAAAUACAGUACAGAUUCAAUUUACGACCGUGCCUGUCGUUAAUGCUGUUAUUUAUUCUGUAACGGAACAUCCAUUACAUAAACGCGUAUCCGUGGUAAAACAGAAAAAAAGCUCAAGAUGUCCGAGUAUUGCGAGUACUUGUGGGACCCCACGAGAGGUCACGCGAGCACCGCAUUCGCGCGAAGCAUCUACGAAGAGGAAGGUAGAUUCGAUAAACGUGAUAAAAAACUGGCUAUCAAGACUGUCAGAGCAAUAUUGCGAGAAAUGCCGGAUGUAGACCUCAAGCAUUGCACGGAUGAAUAUAUUACGCGUUUCCUGCUGGCUCGGAAGUAUCGUACGGAACAGGCUGCUACCCUGAUAGCCGCUUAUCAGGCGCAAGUAGCACAUCGACAAGAUAUUUUCGGUAAUCUAACGGCAAGAGACCCAGCCUUGCAACGCGCGCUACGCGCAGGAAUACCGGGUGUGCUUCCUGCGCGCGAUAGGAAAGGCAGGUGUGUGCUGGUUAUAUUGGCCUCGCAAUGGGACCCGAUCGCGGUACCAGCGUUAUCAGUCCAGAGAGCUCUUUUCUUGGUUCUGGAGACUCUCAUACAGGACCCAAGGAAUCAGCAAUCCGGUUUCGUGGCGGUAGUAGAUUGGAGCGGAUUCUCUUUACGACAAGGCGGUGCCUUGGGCGCAGCGGCACUGCGAAACCUAAUAGCUGCUCUUCGAGGACGAUUUCCGGCUAGAUUCAAAGCUGUACACUUCCUGUCGGCACCUCUCUACGUCCAGGCUACGCUGGCCCUCGUGAAACCAUUUUUGGAUGAAAAGACUCGAAAUAAGAUCUAUUUACACGGAAAUAAUUUGAGUACCCUACACGAGCACCUGCCUACCGACAUUCUGCCAGCGGAAUUGGGUGGUACAGGGCCAGCCUUUAAUCCAGGACUAUGGGCAGAACCAGUUAUUCAUUCGGCGAUGAAGGAAGCUGAGCUGGCCGCGAUGAAGAAAGAACAGGAACAAGCUGAAAUUGCGGAGAGAUCAUGCGACAAGACGUUGGUCGAGUCCAGAAACGUAGAGAACCAUAAGAGGAACCAAGCAGACUCCAUGGAGUCGAGCAAUGGUACGACCAAGGAGAUUGGACGGCGAUUCUUUAAUCCGUUUGGGAGUUCUGUAAAGAAUCAGUCUACGAAACAACCAGGAGGAACGAAUGUAGAGCUGAAUUUGAUUAAUCGCAGUGUUGUGCAUAUAGAAGAAAAGGAGGACGGAAGAAUAGCGAAUAGGAUGAUAAUGGAAGACGACGAUUCUCAUUCUCAGAGUAAAGAUAAAAUGUUAAACAAUGGGAAUACUGGUUACUUUGACGACAAAAGAGAAAAAGAUAGCGAUCUGAAGGAUAACUUAUUAGAAACCUCGAAUAGACUCGACAGCGAUGACAGUAAGGACAAUUCGUUGGAUAAUAGAUCGGAGAAUGCACUUAUCGAUGCAGGUAAGUGUGAGAUGCCUUCCGAAGAAACGAAUCUCAUAACGUAAUGUUGAUGAUCGUCGAAAUGUUAGUUUAAAUUAAAUUUAUCGUCUAGUUAAGCAGAACUUUUAAUACAUUUAAUAAUUUUUCAUACACCGAUUUUGACGAAAGUGAGGAAUCAAGUUCAAGGUAGUUUUAGGAUAAGCGUAGUAGAUUACAUUUCGUAGUCUUUAAGGAAUACCUUGUGAUAUGAUAAACGUCAUUUUUAAUGUAUUUAUAUAUUCAUGAGGCUUUUAUUAUAUUUCUCAUAAAUAGAGAAUACAUUCACAUUGUUAGUCUACACGCGAAUCGAGUUUAUUGCAUAGAGAACAUUUAAUACAGCGAAUCCAUUUUUCAUUUUAUUUUUCGAUAUUAUCGUAAAACAUGAAUUCAUUUUUAUAAAAACGAACCCACUGCCUAUUUAUAGUAUAGUAGACAAACGAUAUACACAUCUAAGGUAAUGAUGUAUAUGAAGUAAUCAUUGUUAAUGGCAUUGUAAAAUAAUUCCUGUCCUACUACUUGAAAGUACUUAACAUGUAAUAAAAGGAAAGCUCGUCGCUCGAAUACUUUUGAGGUUCCUCUUUACUCUUUCUUCGAUUGUGCGUAAUAAACAAUUUACAAAGAGUUUUAUAACUUGCAAUAAGUACUUAUAAUUUAAUAAGUUGACUUUUACCGAAACUUGUGACAUUAUGAAUACGGGCAAAAAAUCUUACACAUUUUUACAUAUAUUUUUUUUAAACUGUACCGGCGAUAAACAAUACGUAUUAGUUCUGUAAAUAUGUAUU